UUUCGACAAUUUCACGUACUGUUUAACUCUCUUUCCAAAGUGCUUUUCAUCUUUCCCUCACGGUACUUGUUCGCUAUCGGUCUCUCCCCAAUAUUUAGCUUUAGAUGGAAUUUACCACCCAUUUUGAGCUGCAUUCCCAAACAACUCGACUCGUGGAGAGUGUAUCACAAAGCACUGGGCGUCCAUGUCAAGUACGGGAUUUUCACCCUCUAUGACGUCCUAUUCCAAGGAACUUGUACAUGGUCCAGCACGGAAAACACUUCUCGAGAUUACAACGCGGGCACCGAAGGUACCAGCUUUCAAAUUUGAGCUCUUCCCGCUUCACUCGCCGUUACUAGGGGAAUCCUUGUUAGUUUCUUUUCCUCCGCUUAUUGAUAUGCUUAAGUUCAGCGGGUAGUCCUACCUGAUUUGAGGCCAGAGUUAUGAAAUAGUGGGUUGAGUGUUGCCACUCGCGCCGGGUUAAGAAG